AGUCGCUUCGAGUUUGGAAGACUGAGUGCACCGAAAACGCACCCGACAAACAACAAAUUCCCGUCAUUUACAAAACGGCGUGAGAUGGAGAUGGUGCCCUCACAUGCUUCGGCUAAAAGAUAAAGAUGGUGCGAUCGUGUUUCUUUUUAAGUCGUUAAGAAUUCUCACUUAAGUGUUAUUUUUGUGUGAAAAAGUGCGUGAAUUUGUGUAAACAUGUCUUGGAUUAGGAGAUCUAACGCUAAAGUGGCUGCUAAAAAGGGAAAUGAAAACGAUGAUGAUAGCAGCUCAACGUACUCAGACGAUUCGGGUCUAGAUCCCAUCAAUUCCACAGCACACUUGCGACCACUAAACUCCGAAAUUACCGCUCCUAGGAUAGACAGUUACAGGUUUUCCAUGGCCAACCUAGAAGAUUCCCAAGAUGUAGACCUUGAUGCCAUCCUCGGAGAACUCUGCGCUCUGGAAACAGUUUGCGAACAAGAAAUCGGCCAAGCGAGAGAAAAGCUACAAUCAGAUGCUCAAUCAUUGUCACAAUUUGAAAACAGAACGCACAGUAGAUCCCUCUCAGAAGCCUCGCGCGUAAAGAUCGACACAGAAGACAAUCUAAUCCUCAAAAAUGAUUCAGGCAGGACCGAAUCUCCAGAUAACGAUUCUGCCUUCAGUGAUACUGUUUCUAUGUUGUCCAGCGAAUCAUCUGCGAGUAGUGGAGGUAGCGGAGCCAAACCACAGACCUUAAGGCUUCAAAAUAUUCAACAGGAUGACGCUUCAAGACUUAAAGCGGAAAAAAUCAAGAUGGCCAUGGAGAAGAUCAAAGAAGCCAAUAUUCAAAAAUUGUUUUUAAAAGUGUUUACGACAGACGGUUCGGCAAAGUCACUACUAGUAGAUGAAAAGAUGAUUUGUUCCUAUGUUACUAGGUUAUUGGCAGAUAAAAAUCACGUUCAGAUGGAACCAAAAUGGGCAAUCGUUGAACAUUUGCCUGACUUGUAUAUGGAGAGAUUUUAUGAAGACCACGAACUAUUAGUAGAUAACCUCUUGCUGUGGACGCGGGAUUCGAAGAACAAAAUUUACUUUGUAGAAAGAGAAGAUAAAAUUAAACUCUUUUUACAACCUGAAAGGUUCCUUUUGUCACCUUCGGACAAAAAAGAAAAUCAAGAUUUCGACGAGCACUCACGAAAUAUGCUUUUAGAAGAGUAUUUUUCUUCAAACAAUCCUCCAGAAGUUGAAGGACCACUUUAUCUCAAGGCCGAAUCAAAGAAGGGGUGGAAGAAACACCAUUUUGUGCUAAGAGCAUCAGGUUUAUACUACUAUCCUAAGGAUAAGGUUAAAUCGGCUAAGGAUCUCGUAUGUUUAGCAACUUUUGACAACAAUCAUAUUUAUUAUGGAUUGGGUUGGAAGAAAAAAUAUAAGGCUCCAACUGAUUUUUGUUUCGCUGUUAAACAUCCAAGGUUACAAGAACCAAAAUCCACAAAAUACAUAAAAUACUUAUGUGCAGAAGACCAAAAUACUUUAGAAAGGUGGAUGGUUGGGAUGAGGAUAGCAAAGUUCGGAAAACAGUUAAUGGAUAAUUACAGGAGUUUGAUCGACGAGUUGGCCCAGGAAGAUUUGGAUAUUUUAGCACACGCAAGGAGUUGUUCAGUUAGUUCUAUAGCUGUUCAGUCAUUUCCUUCUACAGUCACAACACCAACACAAGGGUACCAAAGUAGCGAGGCUGGUUAUGGAACCCAAAGCGAAACUUACUCCACAUCUACCGAUUUAAGUUCGGGACGACAUAGUAGGGCUAGCAGUUCCAGUUCCAGCGGAUGUAUGUCAGAUGGCGCACCGUCCAGUUGUGAAAACGCAUUUGACUCCGAAUUUCCAACAGGCACAAUAAAACGCAAACCAUCAAUGAAACCCAGUCUUCCUCUGACAAACAUAACCCGCCAGCUUAAAGAGGUCGGUGAAACUCGCGACGAAACGGACGGCACUCCCCUUCCUUCUAGUCCCAUAACUUACACAAAUUCAGGUACCUUAACUCGUACGCACAGCAGACGAAAAUCCAAUCAAUCCGACGACUCCUCCAAUACAGGUACUCUUAAAAGACAGCAUUCUUAUAAACAGAGAGGAUCCAUUGAGUCUAUGGGAAGUAGAAGCGGAAACUCGACUCCACUUUGUGGAACGCCAGUCAGAGAUCGGGUGUCCCCGUUUUCUGAAAGGAAUGGUGUUUCGCCGUUUAGUGAGAGAAAUGGAAAUAUGGUAGACUAUUCUCCAACCAGCAGUUAUUUGAGGGGCUCAGUUUCACCAACAAGUAAUCUGCCUUCUUGUAUGACGGACUCCAUUACUUCUCUACCACCACCACCCGAAACGAAUGGCGACGUUAUAUUAAACACUUCUCCUAACUAUUCGCUACCGCCACCUCCCCCCGAAGUGUAUAAUUCGAACCUUUCCCUUGACAGUCUUCCUCCUCCUCCAAAUCCCAAUGACCUACCUCCAAUGACAGGUGCAGAACUAACAGGUAGUCAACUAUCUCUUAUGUCAUUACCCCCUCCACCCGGCGAAGAUACCGGUACGAUAAGAAAAAGAAAUGGAAGCAUCACACCUGUGAAUGUACUAAGUCCAGAGAGGACUCCUACCCAGGGAAUGUCACCAGAUUUGACUCCUACACACUCCAGGUUGAAUACACCUGUUUGCAGCCCUCCACUGUCAAACUCGGGUAGUGGAUGUAGUACGCCGGUGCAGAGCAACCCUCCUAUGAACUUUAACAUGGCACACAGAUCACUUCCUAACCAAGAACAAAUAGUUUAUGGCACUUCUCCGCAAUAUAGAGUCUCCAGUCCUUUACCAGGUGUUAACGCUUUUAAUAACAAUAGUGGUCUGAGAUCCUCAAUUAGGCAAACUUCAUUACCCAGGCAGAUAUCCUCCAACAGCAUAGCAUCUACUAACAGUUCAGGCUCCUCAGGAAAUACAUACCAGAACUCACCUAGUAUUCAACGAAAAGUAAAUUUCCAAGAACCGACGAGCCCCAAGAAGACUGGUAAAAAGAUUAGUUUUAAUUUAACUCCACAGGAAGUACCUCCACUACCCAAAAAACCACCUCCACCAAAGAGGGCGGAAACGACGAAGUUGACGAGCCCAAAGAAAUUAGUUGAUCCCCCGAUGGAUUUUUUAAAGGAUUUGCAGAGGGUUAUGAGGAAAAAAUGGCAGGUAGCACAGAAGUGCAAACUAGAACCCGAAACCACCCCUCACGAAGUACUAGGUUUUCGUGAUCCCCCAGUCCUUCUACCAGACUACAAAGAGCACAACGUCUCCAAUUGGGUACAAGAGCACUAUGGACCCAAUAACGUCUACGAGAACAUAUAUAGAGACACUCCCGAUGCCGUAGUCGAAUACGCCACAAGUCCUGUUCACGGUCGGAGCGACGCUAGGUCGUCUGUGUCUUCAAUGGAAUUCAAAUCGAAAAGACCUCCACCCCCACCCCCGAAACGUAGUGAAACAACACAUUUAAGUACCCCAAAAACUUACUGAUGUUGCGUGUGUUAAUAUAACUUGCGGAAAAUAACCUCAAAUGGGAAUGUUGUAGGUUUUUACUGUUGAUAAUGGAUCAAAGAGGCUACUUUAAGAAACUAUAAUAAUUUUAAGUAUUGAGCUGGAGUUCUAGCUAUAAACUUCAAUGUAAAAAAUUGUUGAAUAUAGGGAGUUAAUUUCUAAAUAUUUUGCAUAUUUCUUCUGGGAUACUGAAACGAUUAUAUAUUUAUUUUUAUCCCCGUUUAUUAAUUUUAUUCUUGUUAAACAUCUAGGUCAACAGCUUUAGAAAAUACAUUUGUAUAAAGAC